GGGUUGCGGCCAACGGUGGGAAACGGCCUCCGAAACAGGCGCUGAGGGGUGAGCUGUCCUCCUUAUUCCUGCAAAAUGUAGGGGUCGCGGGUGGCCCCAAGAGAGCCAGUUUCACUCCUACUGUACCCUGAGUUUAAGACUUACGACCUAAUCUUCGAACCUGAGAGGAGGCCAGGCUGGGCUCAUGCCUGCAGCAGGAGUCAGGAGUACUCGGACAAUACGUCAGAGGAAAGCAGCCCGAACUAGGCAGUGCUGAUAAUUUGUCCCAAAGACGUGUUGUACUGUCAGCAGUUUCUUGGCUGGUGUGAAGAGCUGUAGGUCCCAAGAAGACAAGUUGCACUGGAACUCCAGCAACGUACUGUCAAAACCACCUGCGCUGAUCUUUAAGCUGAGAUUUCUAAGCACCUGAAACCUACCCACUGGGGUAGAAGGCUGUUUUCUCACUGUUUUCUGGCUGAGUGGACUAUUAAUGACUGAAUGGGGUCUGCUGGGAAGGCUUGUCCUCACACCAUGACAGCUGAUGAGUCAGAAGCUGGAGAGCUAGCUCUGGAGCCUCUACUCACUUGCAAGCUAUGUCUCUGUGAAUAUUCCCUGGAUAAGAUGACCACUCUUCAGGAAUGCAGCUGCAUCUUUUGUACAGCGUGUCUAAAACAGUACAUGCAGCUGGCAAUUCAAGAAGGUUGUGGUUCCCCUAUCACAUGUCCAGACAUGGUAUGCUUGAACCAUGGGACUCUACAAGAAGCAGAGAUUGCCUGUUUGGUGCCUGUUGACCAGUUUCAGUUGUACAAGAGGUUGAAGUUUGAACGAGAAGUGCACUUGGACCCUCAGAGAACAUGGUGCCCCACGGCCGACUGCCAAACGGUGUGCCACAUUGCACCAAGCGAGCCUAGAGCACCGGUGCCAGUGCAGUGCCCGGCUUGCCACCUGACAUUCUGCUCCUCUUGCAAGGAGGCAUGGCACCUGCAGCACCUGUGCCGGGAAAACCAAACUGCUCCAGUCCCAACCGAGCAGGGAUCCCUUAUUGGAACAGAGACAGAGGCACCAAUUAAGCAGUGCCCAGUUUGUCGGAUCUAUAUUGAGCGAAACGAGGGCUGUGCUCAGAUGAUGUGCAAGAACUGCAAGCACACCUUUUGCUGGUACUGUCUACAGAACCUGGAUAACGAUAUCUUCUUACGACAUUACGACAGAGGCCCUUGCAGAAACAAGCUCGGCCACUCACGGGCUUCAGUGAUGUGGAACAGAACUCAGGUUGUGGGGAUCCUCGUUGGACUAGGUAUCAUAGCACUGGUGACCUCUCCCUUGCUGCUCGUGGCAUCUCCAUGCAUCAUCUGCUGCAUUUGCAAAUCUUGUCGGAGCAAAAAGAAAAAACACAGCCCACCAACAACCUAAAACUCUUUGUCUGUCUGAGUCUCCACCUGUACAACAUAUGUAUGUGAGAAAGCACAUUGGUUGUAUUUUGGUGCCACACCUACCAAAUAAUGCUCCUUUUUUUCUGCCAA